GUUUAGUGAAAAGGCAAACAUCAGACUGUUCGGACGCUUUUUGGAGUCAGGAAAACGGCAGUAAAUAUAAGAUACAACUUUCCAAAGGAAUAUCUGUUAUCAUCAAUUGACACACAAUGGCCUACAAGUGGGUUCAAUCCUCGGCCUACUCCUCCCUUCCCGAGGAGGCAGUGGUGGGCGGCAACGAUGAGGACGGCGCCAUGAUAUACGUGGGCAGGGCGGAGCACGAGGGCGAUAUGCUGGUCUGCAAGGUGGUGCCCAGCAAGCAAUUGGGAUUCAUUUCGCAGCGGGGAGAGGCCCUGCCCAAGGACAUCUUCGAGGUGCUGUGCGGCCAGAAUCUGGUGUGGAUGAAGUGCUACGACCAUGUGAUUCCGGAGAAUGCUGUGCUCUGUGGACGCACUUCGCUGGAUCAGCCGGUGUACAUUGGGCGUGGCCAUUACGAGGGUCAUCUGAUUAUCGGUAAAAUCUCCUCCGUCCAUCGGGCUCUGUUCAUCGCAUUUCGUGGUGCCGAACGUCGCCUGGACUCCUACGAGAUAUUGGUGGAGGAGCGUCGAGUGGUACCUGGCUGGCAGCUGCCACCACCACCUCCUCCACUAGAGCAGCCGGAAAAGUGUCCGCUCUCGCCGCCGCCACCACCUUCUCCACCGGCAAUGGCGCCGCCACUGUCAGCCAAGCCAUAUCCCUAUCCGAAUUUGGCUGCCAUGCCAUUUCCUGACAGGCCUCCGGCUUACACACCCACUCCGGAUCCCAUGCCGCCCGUCGAUGCAGCGAUGGUGCUGCCGCCACCUGCUGUGGGAGUGCCGGUCAUGCCACGACCGCCACCGCCUGCAGGUGGAGUGCUGGUCAUGCCACCUCCGCCACCAUCGUUCACUCCUGCUGAGGUCUCCGUGGCGCCACCACCUUCAUUUGUUCCCGCUGAGGUCAGUGCAGUGCCCGUUCCCGUGGGACCGUCGUUUACACCCGCCUCCACCUAUAAUCCCUACGGGGCGGGAUGCUCGUCCUACACUCCGGCCGAAUGUGCUGCUCCUCCGGCCUGUGAUGCCUACGGCUAUGGCAACAACUAUGACGUGUGGAUAUCCGCCGAACCGGGCUUUUAUUACUCCCCCGAUGCGGUGAUUGGAGGUCAUGACAGCAACAUGGAGCAAUUGCUGGUUUGCAGGGCCUACUACCGCGGUGUCCACGUUCCGGGCAAGGCCAUUCCCAGCCAGGGAUGUGGCUACAUAGCCCACGGAGGUCGUGAGAUCAUUGAGCCCUCGUACCAAAUGCUGGUGGGCAAGGGCAAGUACCACUGGGUGCCAUCCCACGGCGGAAACGUACCAUCCGGAGCGGUUGUGGCCGGCACGACACCUGGCGGAGCACCACUCUACAUUGGACGGGGUCACUACCGCGGCAGCUUGACCCCCGGCGUAAUUGAGACCUACAACCGAUGCCUCCAGAUUCCAUUCGGUGGACAAGAGAUACGUCUAAGCAGCUACGAGGUUCUGGUUAGGAGCGACAUUUUCCAUGGACAGCAGGCCAUCCGCUUGGUUUAUUGAACCCAUGUUUAAUCUGAGAAGUUCGAGAGCAGCUAGGCCAUGAAAAAUCAUAUACAGAUUAUUUAUUUAUAUAGAUACAUACAUAUCUUUGAGUAAUGUGCGAAAUUGUGCACUUAACUUUCAGAUGCAUUUCAAAUUACUAAUUAACUAUAUUUAUUCAAUGCAUCUACAUAUUUAUAUAGUAAGGUGAAACUACCUCCGAAAAAACAUGUAAAUAUUGUCCAAUAUAUGUAAAUAAACCUACCAUUUAUUUACGAGCUGAGAUACUUAUGCACUAAUUAUAUUGACUCACUUUUAAAGUUUGUUUUGAAAUAAAUGUUUUAUUUAUU